AUGAGUGGAGGCGCAACAAUAGGAGAUGAGCCUUUGGCGGCACCGUUGGCCCCAGCAGACAUUUUGCACCUCUGGCCUCUUGCACUCAGACAGCAGCAGCUGCAGGAGGUGCUGUUGAGAGAUGUGGCACGCACAGAGCACUUGCCUACUUUACAGGAAUGUAGCUUGCACAAGAUGCUGCAAAACGUGAUUGGAACUGGCAAGUGUGCUUAUCAGGCCAUUGGCUUGCAGGUGUGCGGUUCCAAAUAUGAGUGGCCAGCUACAAGGCAGCUCAUGUACCAGAUUGCACAGGAUGGCGCUUUCUUUUGGGAAAAGGUAGGGAUUGAGGCAGAGGAUGUUCAAACAGAUGGGCAGCGUUUCAUAGCGCGGCCGUAUUUUGCCCUUGCAGCAACAGUGUUGCAGAGAUGCGUCAUCACCGUCAAGUUGGACCAGCCUCAGACAACGGCCUACUGCAUUUGUCCACUGACCUCAAGGGACAGCAAGGUGGAGGCGAGCUUGCUGAUCAGCACAGAGCCCACGGAGCGGUUGGGUGCAAGCUAA